AUCUUUUUGUUUUCAGGCAGAUUUCAUGAUUAGAGUGUUUGAAUGCUGUUUAAAAGAUCUCCAAAUUGAUAUUACAAGUCCUGUUUUCCGGUCAUGGGAAGCUGUGAAACACAUAGAAGAAGGGGAUCUGUAUGAAGAAGCUCAAAUGCUUGGAUUACUUUUUAUAAGCAUAAAUUACAUUACUGAACCACUUGGACUGAGUAUAACCAUCAAAGAUAUCACAGAACCAAAACCAAAACGCACCAAAAAGAUUCUAAAUUAUCUGAUUGUCUUCUGGAAUUACUAUCUUAAGAAAUGUGCCCGUUUUCACGAAUUGGAAGAACGUAUGCAAACUGAGCAACAAAAAGUGAAUAAUUUAAUUUCAGAAAAUAAGCUGCUCGAUGAACAAUAUAAUGAGCUACUUGAGCAAUUGAAAGCUGAAGAGCCUGACAAAAAAGAGCUUAUGGACAUUUUAGCCUCAAAAAGUGAAAAAGUGGAAGAAAUGAGAAAACAGGGUAUAGAACAGCAAACAGAAUAUCAAUCUUUAAAAGAAAAGGAAGCCACUCUUCGGAAGCAGAUUAAUGAUGUAAAUAUUCAAAUAGUAACUGCGAAAGAAAAACUAAGUGAGUUUCAACAGCUCAUACUUAAGUCGCCUGAACGACUGCAAGCAGACAUUCAAAAAAUGAAAGAAAAAAUUAAAGCAGAAGAUAAUAAAAUUAAAGAAAAGGAAAUAGAAGUAAAGGAUAAGGAAAACAGUCUUCAGUCUGUCAAAGAAUAUCAAGAAAGCAUUGAAAAUUCAAUUGCUGUCUUAGAAAGCAUGAAAGAAGAGUUUAAAUAUAUGUGUGAGCAUACGAAAAUGAUUGAACUAAAUGAACAGAAGUUGGAAGUAGAAGAAGGUGAAGUUAAAAAGUUAGAAGCACAACUUAAAAGUAAAGAAGAACUGAGAACCAUUCAAGGCCAAAAUUUAGCAAAGCAUCAGUUAUUAUUUAAAAAAGAGAAAGAAGCCCUGAGUGAACUUAUAAAAAGAAAGCAAAGUGAUAUAGCUCAAGCAAAACAGUCUCUGGAUUCACUUAAGGUUUACCACGCUUCAUUAAAGCAAAAGAUAGAUGAUGAAGCUGAUAUCCUUAUGGAAUUUGCUGAAGUGUACAAAAAAGCCAAAAAGGAGCUUGAAGAGAAAGAAGCUGAAUUUUGUAACUUGUUGAAGACCGUGAGGGAGAGUUUCAAGCUUGAGAAUGAAGAAGUUGUUGAUGCGCUGAAGAAGAAGUUUGUUAUAAAUUAAUACAGAAAAAAAUCCGAUUUUGUAUAAAUUUUUGUACUGCUUUAUUACAUCAGAAUUUUUUUCAGAAACUUUGUUCAAUUUUAUGUACAAUUUCUGAGAUUUUGUAAUGAAAGUAAAAUAAAAUAAUAAAACUUCAUG